AUUCGUUAACAAUAUGGGCCCACUCAAAGCCGAAUUACCCAAACGCUAUCCUCCUCUCUUCAGUGCUCGCCACUCAGCCCAAUGGCAGCUGCGACGGUGCCGCCGCCGCCGGCGAUCCUCUCCGCCCUCCUGCGCCGCCACACCCUUCGAGCUUCUUCCUACCCGAGAUGUCUUUCCUCUGACGCGAGCAUCGAGGCGGCGGAGCUGGGGAGCCGGAGGGGAGGCCACGGAGGGACGCGCCUGGAAGAGGCUGUGCCCGCCGGGGAGGCGCGCUCGCGGCUCGACGCGUGGAUCGCGGCGCGGCUGGGCAGCGGGGGCGUCAGCCGCGCGCGCGUGCAGGCCAGUAUCCGCGCCGGCCUCGUCGCCGUCAAUGGCCGUCCGGUCUCCAAGGUUUCGUAUAUGGUGAAGGGAGGGGACCUGGUCAGUUGCACGGUGUCGGAGCUACAACCACUGAGAGCAGAGGCGGAGGACAUUCCGCUAGACAUCGUUUACGAGGAUGACUAUGUUCUUGUUGUGAACAAACCGGCUCAUAUGGUUGUUCACCCAGCACCAGGGAAUGCAAAUGGCACCUUAGUCAAUGCUAUACUUCACCACUGCAGGAUUUCCACAUUUACCUGCUUAGCACGCAAUUCAAGUGGCGAUGAAUGCCCAGAUUCUUCAGAUGACGAUUUUGAUGUAUUUGAUGUUGAUCAAUUUACUACCGAUGAAGUAAGUUCAGAGGUCCGGGAAGCUCUUGUGCGUCCUGGUAUUGUACAUAGGCUUGAUAAGGGUACAAGUGGACUUCUUGUUGUCGCAAAGGAUGAGCAUUCUCAUGCUCAAUUAGCAGAACAGUUCAAGCUGCAUACAAUUCGUAGGGUAUACAUCAGUCUUUCUUGUGGGGUACCUAAUCCAAAUUCUGGCAGGGUCGAAGCGUCUAUUGCUCGUGAUCCUAACAAUCGGAUUCGUAUGAUUGCUAUUGCUGGAUCAGGCCACAGAUAUGCACGGCAUGCUGCUAGUAGGUACAAAGUAAGAGAGGUCUUUGCCGGUGGUGGAUCAGCACUAGUAGAAUGGAGAUUGGAGACGGGCCGCACUCACCAGAUCCGAGCGCAUGCAAAGUAUCUAGGGAUCCCUCUUCUUGGUGAUGAAACAUACGGAGGUACCAAAAGCAUGGCUUUGUCAUUUUUGAGAUCAAGAACUCCUUCAAGAUAUCAUAAUGAUCUUUCGAAUCUGAUAUCAAAAGUAGACAGACCGUGCCUCCAUGCUGCAUUGCUUGGAUUCAAGCAUCCACAUUCAGGGAAGAUACUUGAAUUCUCAUGCCCCCCACCAGACGAUUUUGCUGAGGUACUUGAUGAACUGCGACGUGUGACACCAAGUGAUGGCCAAAAUGGUGAUGUUGUUGUUCAAUAACAAUUGUGUGCUUAAUGCAAAGUGGGCCAGAAACAGCUUAGUAUGUGGUAUGUCUGAUGUGAGGUCUUUUAUCCGAGUUCUGAGGCGAUCAUUGAUUGAGCUAGGGGCAGAACUGCCGACGGGCCCCUCACGUUUAUCAACAUCUUCAGUGAGGGACGGGAAGAAUCUGGGAAUGGUGAACCAACCAUGAGAAAGACUUGAGCAUUUUUUAGGGACCUAGAAAACAGGGUUUUGGCACUUUUGUAUGGUUAAUUAAUUUUGGUUUUUUUUUUGGGUUAUGGUGGUAACCAAGAACUGGCAAUUUAAUGUUCAAAGCAUUUGGUAGAACGGUCCUGGAUAUCUGAAGCCAUGUAUUGCUAAGACUUUGAUUAAUCUUCAUGAUGGAAAAUGCACGAAGAAAAUAGUUUGACAUGA